AUGGAUGUUAAUCCUAGUGAUCCUAUUAAUAUUAAUUCCAAUAAGAGACUAAAUGAGGGAGAUUCAACUGCAGGUAUCGCUCAUAGUGCAAAAAAAAAUGCAACUGUUACAAAACGAAAAAAUCCAUUACAUAAUUGUUUCUGGAAAUUACGACAUGCCAAUAAAAAACCAUCUAAAGAUAUAAAUUUGGAUUCAGCUACAUCAAAAAAUCUUCUUGAUAAAAAGUCGUUAAGUAUUUUUCAGUUAAAAAUUUACUCUCGUAAAUUGAAAGCUAAAAAUGAAAUGAAUGUUAGGUUGCAGAAGAUAUUGGAUAAUAGCAAUAAAAAGGUGAAAGAUGAUUUGGAAAAGGAAAUGCAAGAAGAAAAAAAAAAAAUGGAAGAUGGUCAAAAGAAACUUCUAAAAGAAAAAAAAGAAAUGGAACAUAGGGAAAAGGGAGUUCUAAGACAUAAGGAAGAGUGGGAAAGAACGCUAAAAGAAAAGCAAGUGAUUGAUGAGAGUAUGCUAAAAGUAUUAGAAGGGCGGAAAAAGCGAAUUACAAAAGAAGGCGAAAAAUGGAAAAAGAGAAUGCUAAAAGAAAAAAUGGAGUUGGAUAAGAAAAUGCGAAAAAAUAAGGAAGAGGGGGAAAAAAGAAUGUUAGAAAUAAUUGAAAAGUUUGAAAAGGAAAUGCUAAAAUAA